UGCACCAGAUGUGGGUCAAAGUUCACUCGUAAGGGGCUUAUUGGAAUUUCCCGCACCGUUAUACUCGGUUAAAUCACAUGGCAAAGGAACAGCGCAACGAAAAGAAAAAAAUGAAAGAAAAAAAUCGUAUCACAAAUCAGUAAUACAUCAAGCACCCGAUAUCUGCUGUCCAAUAUCUGAUGAGUAAGUUUUGACUUGACUUUUGAGCUCCCCAAAUCUGUCGUCAGAGACUGUCAAGAGAUUAUUAACUGUCCCCCGCACUGUCAUUGUUCAACAUUGUAAUGAGGUCCUGGUCUCAUUAAUAUACUGAUCAAUCAUGAUAUAUAGCUUGCCAUUGCUCAGCCCUAGUAUACAUGCGGGAAGGGUACGAGCUGUCUGUUUCACCCACAAAGAACGAACAGCCAACAUAGCCUGUAACUCUACUAACAUCAGUGCAUGCCUCUCUGAAUUUAUCAAAGGUAGCAAGCAGAGUUCUGAAGACUCAGGAAAAGAAUAGCUACAAAUGUACAGUCAACACUGCUGUGGAUGCGUUGAGCAUUCAUUCUCUUGCGGUUGAGCCAAACUAACACGGAUUUGCUGAUGGACUAUUAACGUCAUCCUUGCUUUUGGCUUGAUUUGCAUUAGAUGUAUUGGGAGAGUUUGGUCUACAAGUGAGCAAUGUUAGUAGCGGUUGCAUGAGUAUUCUAUGUGUUGAUGGACUCAAGCAUUGUGACAUUAUUUUGAAACAGCUAUGGAUCUACAGCCAACAUCAGCACCAGCCACAGGGAUGCCCGACUCCAAGGCCAGCUCACUCCUGAUUGGUAUUGAUAUUUCUAUUGGCAUUGUGGGAGUGAUUGGAAAUCUCCUUGUUAGUCUGACAAUCCUCAAGAGCAAAGCUUUGCACACCCUCACCCACUAUUUUCUCCUCAGUCUUGCAAUAGCUGACAGUCUGGUGUGUAUCACUGGUAUUGUACAUGCAUAUGUCAUAACGGAAUAUGACAAUCGCACACAGGAGGUUGAAGUGCUUUAUAUAGUGGUGAAUUAUAUGGAGAGAUCUUCGACUGGGCAGUCGGCACUAUCUCUGUUACUGGUCACCUUUGAACGAUUCAUAGGUAUCGUUCGGCCACUGCAUCACUGCAGUUUCUUUACAAGGAGAAAGGUCUCCUUUCUUAUCCUGUUUGUUUGGGUUGUGCCUGCAUUUAUAGAAAUUUCAGGAACAAUUUGGUUAGGUGUGCUAAAACAAAACUGUGGCGAGCAUUUCUUACCUGGAUGUGAUCCACACCCUCUAGGGUUCAUUUUCAUUCUCAUGAAUGCCCUGCUGCUGUUUGCUGUUCCAGCUGCAGCAAUGAUCUGGAUGUACAUUCAGAUUUUGAGGAAUCUCAAGCAGAGCGCCCGUAGAAGGCAGAAUCUUGGAAUGCAGCAUCCCAACGAACUGCAGCGAGCCAGGCAGAAGCUGAUCCAUGCGCUGCUGCUGGUCAUCCUUGCAUUUCUUGCCCUCAUUAUGCCUCAGAAGGUCAUGUACAUUGUGUUACUGUUCAUGUACCAGGAGCCAGAGAAUCAGUCAAUCCUGGUACUCUUUCAAUUUGCAAUGAUCUUGCUGGUUGCUAACUCCGCGGUCAACCCCAUCCUUUAUGCGCUCAAGUAUGACAAGUUCCAGCAGGAGGUAAUAUCUGUACUUUGCUGUAGGUUAAAGACUUCUGAGAACCAGCCAGUACCAGAUGUCAAGAGAAAUAUGGGGUACACACCAGUUUCUCAGCAAGCAAAACAUCAAGCCACACCCACGUGCUAUGAAAGUUGUGUUUAGGAUCUUAUUCAGUGUUUUUGAGAUAGUAAUUUGUGCAUUCUCAAAACAUUUUGCAAAGCAUUUUGCAAAUCUUUGUUUAUCCUUCAAUUCUUGGCAGUUGUAUCUCCAUAGUGGUGAUAGUGCAGAAAAUAGCGAGUGCGGAAAUUGCUACAUGUACCGGUAGCACGGAUGGCAUCUUGAAUAAAAAAAAAAAUCGAUGUAAUAAAUGAGCACCAACCGGCACACUGCAUAUACACUGACCUCAUAGUGUUUGUUUUCGGUCCACUGUCAGUGCCUUGUUAAUGUACAUUGUACAUGUGCGUAUGUAUUAUAAGUCGGACUGUCUGUAUGUGAUACUUAUUGAUCAGGCUUCGCUACUUCACAGGCUUUGUGUAGUUUCUUUUUUUUUUCUGAGUCAUUUUUCAAGGGUUUACUUCAUAAUGGUCCAGUGAUAUCAACUUGAAACUGAGUGCAAACAUCGGUCCGGAUUCUAGGAUGUGCAUACAUGUACAUGUAUGUUACUCUGCCUUCAUAAUGAUGCCACCGCCAUUUGUUUUAAGAACUUUAUGAAAAGCUUUUUUGUGUUUGGUUGUUCUUUUCAAUAUCUGUAGAAUGAGACAUUUUCAAAUUCACUUUUUUAAGCUAAGAUCUGUCAUAGUACACGUAUGUGCAUGGGAUUUGGAAAGUUCUGUGAUGUCAUCUGAUUUCAUCAAAAAUGCACUUCUUUGGUUUGCAUACUAAACAUUAUUUGAUCACCACCAAAAAUUGCUUAGUUGGUAUUAGUGUAAAAGUUCUCAGAACCCUAUAACGCGUAAUAACGGCAUAAUGCAGUCAUCAUGUGAUUUAGUUUGAACUUUUCAAUAUUUGUUAUUUUCUUCAUGACACUCUUGCUGCUGCAAUUGCUCAUCCAGUUUAGGUCAAAAUGUACAUUCAGACAUUGAAAUGUUACAGAUGACGUGUUCAGAAAGGGUUGACAAAUUUCACGUGUUGUGAUUUGCCAAUGUGUUGUAGACUCUUGGAGGUGCCCGUAUUGGGUUUUGUGGUGUUGGUGUCACCACUGGUCACGUGACACACAGCUUUAACCCUAACCUUCCCCAACCACACAGAAUUAAACAGUAGUAAAGUGUUUAAUUCU